UAUUUAUAAAAAUAUUGACUUUUUAUGUGGACAUUAGUUUUGUUUUGUGCUUUUAUGGUUCACAUGCACGUCCAUAUUUUUUUAAUCGUUUAUUUUACUACAUAGUAACAGUAGUCAUUUUUUAAAUAGUUAAAAUCACUGAAUAAGAACAAUGUGCCAUUUUUGGGAUUUAGACCACUGUGUGGAUGUGAUCCUCUGAGACAUUUCUAGAUCCAUUUGUCUUCAAGGAGUGCCUGCAUGCUGUCGUCUUAUCUGUGACAUUUGCAUGGAUGGUGUGAAAAUAGGUCACUCAGGACAAUGUGCCAAAAACCAUUUCCAUACAGUAAUCCACUGCAGCACUUUUGCAUACAGAGAACAGACCAAUGAUCGUUGUCUGAGAAACGAAGGAGAAUUUCCAUAGAUUUUUAUUAUUAAGGCAGAGUCUCCUUUUACUGUCCACAGAGCUGCAUCAUGAUGGAGGGCAUCUGGCUGGGUGUCUGCUGUCUCUCAGGGUGGCUCAUCCUCCCCACCUGUCCCCUCCAUCAGUACUACUUUAUCAAAGAACCUUUAACUUGGAAUGAAGCUCAGACCUACUGCAGACAGAAAUACACAGAUCUGGCAACCAUGGAAAACGCUGAUGACUUGAAUCAACUCCAGAGGCUGCUUUCAUCUUCUGGUCACAACUCUGGGGUCUGGUUUGGUCUGUACAGUAAAAUCAACUGGAAGUGGUCGGAUGGCUUCACAGGAAGUGGGGCUGAGUACCGGGACUGGGGCACCAAUGAACCCCACUUUCAAAUGGACCAUUUCUGUGUGUACAAAUAUACAACUUGGUCCAGUUACAACUGUGAUUCAGAGCUAAAAUUUUCCUGUUACACAGGAACACCAGACAAUCAUCAAUUGGUUCCUGUGACGAAAGCCAUGAAUUGGUCCAAUGCUCAGAAGCACUGCAGGGAGAACUAUGUGGACCUGGCCACUGUGACCAACGCCAACCAGGACCAGCAGGUCGGGAAACUGGUGCCAUACAUGGGAUUUAUAUGGAUCGGCUUAUUCAGAGACCCUGAACUUUACUGGUCCGAUGGGAGCAGCUUCUCCUGGUCCAACUUCGACCAUUUUAAAACCACAAUCAGCUCAAAUACAGUCCUAUGUGGUUUGACGUCUCUGCAGAAAUCCAUGAUAUGGAGGCUCUGGUACUGUGAAGAAAGGAAACCGUUUGUCUGUCAACUCACUGUCAGAAGGCAGGUGGUGAAGUUGAGGAUUGAUCUGGGGGAUUCCUCUGUGGAUCUGAACGACGCUGCUGUCAAAGCUGAAAUCCUGGAAAAGGCAAGUGUCCAAACUGCACCCCGAGACGUCAGAAACAUUCAAAGUAGAUCACAGGAUGAAGGAAAACGAGCCUUUAAAUAAAUUCAACAGAUUCAGACGAAUGUCUAGCUGGCAGGGAACGUUCCCACAGCAUCACCUAUAAGUUCUA